AUGCUUGUGUUCCGCAAUCAGACAUCCUACAAUAGAUUCUGGGACGGCCGCAACGGCAUGAACACAAUUGUCACCUGUGUGCGCAAUCUGGUCCGUACGAUUAUCACAAACAGCUACAGUGAGCGCGGCCCUCCCACCGCCGCUGAACAGCAGGACGUCGAGCGGACGAUCCGUGUGCUCAUGGCAAUUCCCUAUGCUGUCAAGAACCACCUUCGGGAUGAAUGGGGCGCGGCAUGGGCUCUAGGGAGUGAUGUCAAUGAGAACGGCACCGCGGUGUAUGACGCAGAUUACGCGAGUCUCCUUCCCGUGGGUCUGGAAGGUCAUGAGCAUGACGGCCUGGGUCUACCUUUCCAGUUGACCUUCUUUGUGGAUGGGUUUAUCAAACGGGGCGUGGAACGGGGGUGGUUCAAUGCUCCCGGAGCAAGUCAGAUGCAGGCCCAGCUGAACACAUUGACAGAUGCGUAUGGGAGGAUGGAAACCAUCAAAUUGACUCCUAUACCUGUCGCUCAUUUAAUCCAUCAAAAGCAAGUCCUCGCGCUGUUUGGAUGUGUGCUCCCAUUCGCCAUGGUCGAUGACAUGAGAUGGUGGGCGGUCCCGAUAGUCAGUCUAGUGAUCUUCACGUUGUACGGCAUUGAGGGCAUUGGCAGUCAACUCGAAGAUCCCUUUGGAUAUGACCGCAACGAUAUCAAGAUGGAUGCUAUAGUCGGCGACGCCAAGAUCGAAAUCGGUGCUGUGCUUUCAGAGUGGCGGAACCUCAUGGCUUCCGUACAGGCGAAUCAUCCGCCCGUAGUUGGGAAUGGCGUUACGGAGGAAAGGAAAGCUAGCUUUGCGCCUCCCGAUAUGUUCUUGAGGGCUGCCCCGAGAGUAUCAAGGCAGUGA